AUGCCUGCCACACAAAGUUCCCAUGCGGAGCAGAGCCUCCCCCACGGCACGCCACGCCAGGUCAUACCCCUCAUCCCCUUUCUGACGCCGUACUACCUGUCGCCCUCGCCUUGUGGCACACGCAUUGCCCUCCUGGGCAGUGUGCGUGGGGAACAGGCGCUGCUGAUCGCAGACGUUGCACAGCUUCUUGUAUCCUGCCGCGGUGAGGCACCAUUGGCGCGCCUCUGUUGCCUCGGCACGGCAGCACCUCUCUACUUCGACUGGGCGCCCCAUGGGCCCGAGCUCCUGCUGGCAAGUAAUGAGAACAAGCUGGCGCGUAUCCGAGCGGAUGUCCUGAAUGAAGUGGCCGACUCCGUGGAAACUCUUCCUUGCUGCGAGCCGGCAGAGGCCCAGGUCAAGAGCUUGGACUCUUUACCUGGUACUGUUAUUCAGGGGCGCAUCUCCUUUCGAGCACCUCAGUGGCUGCCAUGGCCAGACGCUGCCGAAGGCCGCUGGCUGAUUCCUACCGAUGCUGCGCAGCCGGGUCGGGUUUCCCUGGCACUUGUUGACCCUGUGAGUGGGCGCCCCGAUAUUGUCUGUGAGAACCUUGCCCCAGAGGCACAUUUCACGGCAUCUUCGAGUGGCUGGGUCGCUUGGUGUGGCCUCCAUGACAAUCGAGGGCACGGUGGUGUUUUUGCCCGACAAGUGCUUCCAUCCAUGGGUCCUCCGAUCACCGUGUUUGCGCACGCCAACCGUGUCGAGGGCCUAAGCUGGGGGGGCGACCGCCUGGCCUUGCUCAUACACGCCCCAAACUGCCUGGUUUGGGCGGUGUGGGACCCGGUGGAGGCCGAGAAGACCGGAAACGGCUUGUGUGUGGCUCCACAAGGCUUCAUCCCAAAUCGGUCGUUCUCUGGGCGGGUUCUGCCGUUCUUUGAUCAGUUUGAGAGACGUGUGGACUACUGGAACCCAGGACGUGACGCCUUGGUUUACGCGGACUGCAAUGCUGAAGUCUGGGUUCAGCCAUUUCCACGGCCGCCAGAACCACAAGCACAAGACGAGCCGCAUCCGCUACAAUCCUUGGGAGGAGCCCAGCUCGCUCUGGCGCCUUGUCGUCGCAGGAUUGCAGCGGGAAGCUACGCCUGCUGGAGUCCCCUGUGA